AUGCGAUUCCUUCGUCCGCUCUCUUUCAUACUCCCUUUACUGUCCACUGCGCUUGCUGAUGUCGAAUUCACUGCUCCAGCUUCUGGUUCGACUCUCAAGGGUGGUCAUGUUGUGACGGCUCACUGGAAGGAGUCUGGUGAACUUCCCAGAAUCUCUCAACUGUUGCAGUAUGAUAUCCACCUCUGCGCAGGAGGGAAUACGUCUGAUUCCUACGAGGAACUAGUUACACUCAUCAAAGAUGCACCUUUUGCCCGGGGAAAUUCAGUCUCGUUCAAGAUUGAUCAAGGUGUUGGUGGUAAAGAAGCAAAUGCAUAUUUCCUGAAAUUGGUCGCAUCUGGUCCCGAUCUCUCAGUGAUCAAUUACUCGAGUCGAUUCUCCCUCACCGACAUGACUGGCUCUUUCUCCCCGCGAGUUGCAGACGGUAUUCAUUCGAUUCGAAACAUCAGCGGUGCUCCUCUUCGAGAAGAUCAAGAACAUGAAGGGUUCCAGAAGAGACAGGCCGUCGGAGCACCGGCUGCAGCAGCGACCGGUCUUGGAGCUCACACCAUUCCGUAUGAACUACAAACCGGCCUAACCCGGUAUGCUCCCAUGGCGAAAAGGCCUGGCAAAACGAUUCCACCUGGGAAGCCGACUCCGCAGCAUCCAACCAGCCACUACUCCAUUGCUACCGCUUAUCUUGGCGCUCCUACUGUCCAGACUACGGUUUCUGCUACUGAUACGUACAAAGUGACAAAUGUUGAGAAUACGGCAACUCCUGCAGCACAGCCAGAAGACAUGAACAUGAAGAGGUGGUUGGAGAGAUGGAAGGAUUGA